ACGGGGAGGGGGGGGUUGCAUGGGUGAAACAUGGCUACCGUAGACACACCGAAGUCUCCCAAACGACAGAAAACCCCGUCGGAGGAGGUGGGAACCCCCGGGGACGGGGCCGAGGCGGCGGGGUGUGGAGGCGGCUCGCCCCGGGGAGGAGAAGCCGCCGGCGGGGGAGAGAGUGGAGCUGAUGGCGGCGGAGCUGCUGCUGCUGGCGAGGCUGCAGCUGCUGCUGCUGCUGCUGCUGCUGCUGCUGCUGGGGGGGCAGACACAACGACAUGCGUCUCGUCCAAAGACCUGACAGCGGCUGAAAAGAUGGCCGAGGCCCCCGCCGUGGACGAGCGGGCUUUCGACUGGUCGGAACCCGAAGAAGACGACGACGAAAAGGCGAAAAUACCCACCCACUCCCCGCUGGAGGAGGACAAGGAGCGCGACCUGGAUAAAGCUCCUGCUGCUGAAGAGGUGAAGCGGGACAAGCAGGUUGAUGGCAACAUCGUCGCUGCUGCAGCUGCAGCUGCAGAGAAGCUCAGCCAGGAGGAACCUUCACACGGCGGGGAGAAGAGCUCGGAGCAGCUGCCAGUGGAGGACCUGGGGGGGGACGAGGACACGGAGGAUGCCACUGAGGACGACGAGGAGACGGACCAAGAGGAGGAGGAGGCUGAUUCGGUAGCUAAGCAGAAAAAGUAUCAGCUGGUGUGCAAAGACUGUGGGAUGGUAUUCAACCAGCGUGAGCCGUUCAACCUCCACCGCCACUUUCACGCACACGAGGACGAGCUCAUGCCCCUCAGCUGUAAAGAAUGCGGCCUUACCUUCGAGCACCGCAGCAGCCUCAAUAAACACAGAAAUGAACACAGAGAGAAGGAGGAGCAGCUUCUGACUUCGAAGAAGGAGGCGCAAGCCAACGCGGAGGGUAGAUUUCAGUGUGCAGAAUGUCAGAGGAUUUUCUUUGCGGUCGGUAAGCUGAGGGACCACAACUGCAAUAACACAGUAGAAAAGCCUUACCACUGCCCCCUGUGCCGCCAAGAAUUCCAGUUUAAGGUGUCUAUCACCAAGCACAUGAUGGCCCAUUCCCAGGAAAGCAUCUUUACAUGCCAAGAGUGCAAUCAAACUUUCCCUAACAGCAUGGUCCUGCGCUUCCACCAGAGAUGCCACGCCGCUCUCAAACCCUACGAAUGCCCGGAGUGCGGCAUGGUUUUCAAACACUACUCCGUCAUGGAAGAUCACCGUCGCAAGCACACAGACGGCAGCCGUUCUCACCUGUGCAACAUCUGCGGUAAGAGUUUCAAGUACAGCAGCCUCCUUCAUCAACACCAGUAUCUCCACACCGGCCAGAAGCCUUUCCGCUGCCCCGAAUGUGGCAAAAAUUUUGCUUUCGCCCAGAACAUGAAGGCUCACUGCCGUCAGCAUAGGCUGGGGAAGACCAAGUCGGCCUCUGAGCCGCCCAGCAAACAGACCCCGGUACCUGCACACGAGGCUGUCAAAGCACCGGGGAAAGAGAACACACACCAGAGUGAGGAACAAAAGCCCUCCUUCAACUGCCCUCUCUGUCCUCAGACCUUCUGCCAUCCAGCCAACCUGAGAGCCCACAUGCUCGUUCAUGAGGCCGAGUACGAGAAACUGGACAGAUCCCCUCGCGCCUCAAGGGAGAUGAACAAAUACUGGGAGAAAGGACACACCUGCCCGCACUGUCCAAGUGUUUACCGUGACGAAUCUAGUUUAAAAGUACAUCUACUAAGUGUCCACAAGUCAACUGCACAAUGUUUAGAAAAGCUGGCAACGCAGCCUAAGAAGGAAAUUACUCCGUUAAGCAGCGAUAAUGUUCAGGAGAAAUGGAAAAGCGAGGUUUUGAGUAUUAAGUCGUUUAAGUGUUCAGAGUGUGGAAAAACAUUCCGCCAUCGCUCAGUGUUGGAGCUGCACAUGCGCAUACAUUCCAAAGACAAGCCGUACCAGUGCAAAGAGUGUGGCAAGGGCUUCAGAUUCAGCAGCUACCUGCAGCAGCAUCUGAUCAUCCACACGGGCAAGAAGCCAUAUAAAUGCCCACACUGUGGGAAGGACUUUGCCUUCCUGCAGAACAUGAGGACCCACCAAAAGCUGCACCAGGAGAAGCCGUUUCGCUGCACCCACUGCCGCAAAGGCUACAGCGACGAAACCCAGCUGCAGCACCACAUGUUGUCACACAACGGGGACAAACCUCACAAGUGUAACCUGUGUGACAAGAGCUUCGGGUUGGCCUAUCUGCUCCGUGAUCACAUGAACACGCACACGGGGGAGAGGCCUCAUCGCUGCGACGAGUGUCACAAAACCUUCUCCUGGUUCAGCAGCCUGUUGGUUCACCAGAAGAUCCAUACUCGUAAAAAGCAGGGUUUCAGCCAGUACAGCUCCCUGCCUAUGAGUGCUAGGGUGAGAGGCAGGGGCAGGAGGGGAGGGAGGCUAGCGUGGGGGUGGUCUAGACCUUUAGGGAGCUCGGGGGUAAUUGCCCCUCAGCAGCCUCUCUAUCCAGUUUCUCCACUGAAAGAGGCCGAGCUGCGCAGAAGGGCAGCGCAGCCGCCGUCUUCCAUGCUCCCGUCUCGCAUGGAUCUCCAAAGCCGGCAGCAGAAGGAGCCGUGGCUGCCCGAGCAGCACACUCAGCCGGUGCAGUGGAAGGUGGACGGCGGAGAGGUGAUGCCCGUCCCACCUGCACAGCAGCAGCACGGAGCUCCCCAGCAGACCCGCUUCGACAGCUUGACGCAGCCGGGGCUGCAGCAGCACCACCAGAGAAGUCCGGGCUGGGCAGACAUCCCUUUGUUAUCUCAGUCGGCCGCCCAGAGCUCAGAUUCACACAUAAAAGAGAGCACGUCUUCUGUUGUCGGCUCUCAUCCAAUGACUGUGCCAAUAAAAUCCAGCCCAUCAGCAGGGAGUGAGUUGGUGCUGCAUAGGCAGCACAAGCCGAUUAUUUGGAGCACCACAACUACAUCCACGGUGCUAGCUUCCACAAGCUCUAUGCAGCACGACUUCUCCAGUCCCGCCUUGUACACAGACGGCGCUGCACUGUGGAGCGUCAGGCCCAAUCCAAUGGCAAACUCGCAUAACUCUCCCAAUAAGCUCGGGCAAGAGCUGCAGCUGCCCAGAUGGUCGACUGCUGCCCAGGUGUCGUCACAAAAGGAUCCGUCCACGUUGCUCAAGAAAGAGGAGAGAGUGUGGGAGAUCAGUAAUCCUCAAGUCAUAUCUUCGACUGUUACUCAGCCAGAGAAGCCAUGGAACGGCUGCGAGCCACAAAAACCGUGGACCUCAGGCUUAGCGGCUGCAUCCACCUCAGCUCAGUUAGACCAAAGCAGUGCUAUGUCCAUCUCCACUCCGGUUUCUCACAGUGUGGCCAGCACCUUGUGGGAGAUUCAGACCCCUCCAGGAAUCGCAAAGACUAUGAGCGCCACUGAGAAAUUAGUAAAUAACCAAGAUUUCCAGCUGCAGCAGAAGCAGGUGUCAGCUGGCUGGGCCAGUGUGCAGGCAGCCACACAGAAGGUUCCCAUCUCCAUCCAGUAUGAGCCUCACCGCUUUGGCCAGGGGAUGGGAACUCCAGUAUGGGGCUUCCAAAGUACUCCCGUGGGUCCGCAGACUCUGCUCCCUGGACAGCUGAAGCCUGGCAGUGGACAGGAGCUGCAGCAGCAACCAAUGGUAACGGGCACUCAAAUAAUCAUAAAUCAGCCUUCUCCUUUUUUCUCAGCUCCACUUGCUCCGCUCCCUCCUCUUGCUUUGCCUGGCCCUCACCCUCUUCACUCUGUCGCAGUCGGUGCACUUCCACGACCUCCACACCCAAAUAUCUUUUUCACACCACAGGCAAUCAUGAGCGAGAGGCCACACAUGCCACAGACCCUGCCCCUACCUCAACUUGCCCCGCAGACUGAACCUCACAAACUCGGACCCCGUUUGCCUUUUGCCCCAGAACGGCUUCUCCAAUGCAUGAUAUGUGGGUGCUCUCUUCCUCGGGAGCUGGAUCUACAAAUGCAUUACUUGCAACAUGCACAAGGGGAGAUAUGAUAUUUCUACACUAGCAACAAAACCUAGUUAGCUUUUAAUAUUUUUUACUCUGUGGAACCUCAUUUAUUUGACACUAUGUUGUGGUAUAAACAUCUGAGUAGAUGGGCAUUACACAUAUAACGGAUAAACUGAAUUUAGUUUGCACAUUUUGACCGUUUUUCUUUUUUUUUUAAGACUUUCAGCUUCAAAUGCAGCUGUGCAGUUUGUUUGAAACCGAUGUAAACAAUGUGCUGGUCUCUUUCUCUUUUACAUGGAUCUAAGUUCUCCAUAAGCUUCUAGGAGUGCAGAUUAAUGAGGUUCUACAGCUUACAUUUCAUUUAUUGCCAAUGACAUUUAGAUUUAGAUAAUAUUAGUACUUUUCUAGUUCUGUUAAUAUGUCUUGAACCAUUUGUACUGUGUUUCUUCAUGUACAGUAUACUUUGUGCCUUUUAUGAGUACAGUCUGCAUGUCUGCUGUCUUGGUAUUCUAGGCCCUAGUUUGUGCUUAAGGUAGGAUCAACAGUGUGACCUCACUCCCAAAAUGCAGAGCAACAAUUUCAAAGAUACUGUAAAGAAACAUUAAGUUCUUGCUUUUGGAGAAGUGAUCGAGGUUGUCGUGCUCAACGGUUACAAUAACUCAACAUACAAGUAUAUGUCUGCUGGAAAGCACCUAACUCACUGGGUCAAGGGCCAGGUCCAGAUAUUUCACUGGUAAAGCUUUCAUCAUGGUAAUUUGAUCGAAGGAGAAGUACCUGUUAACAAAAAUUACUGUGUAAAUGGACCUUUCACUUGAAGAGUUUUCUGUAAAUUUUAAUUCUCGGGUGAUUAUCGGCAUCAUGGAAAAUUUGGCUCCAUUAUACAAUUAUUGAUGACACUGUUGUUAAGUAGUGAAUUUUGUAAUAAACUAAAC